AUGCAAAACGUUAACGCUCCACGGGAGCCUGCUCCCGUGUUGAGCACAAGCUCCACCAUUCUCAAUAUGAGAGAAAAAGAGAAAUAUAUAGAGGAAUUCGACUUUCCAUUCUGUGACGAAUCAUCAAAAUACGAAAAAGUCGCGAAAAUCGGCCAGGGAACUUUCGGCGAGGUCUUCAAAGCUCGCGCUCGGAACAGCAGUAAAAAAUUUGUAGCCAUGAAAAAAGUGCUGAUGGACAAUGAAAAGGAGGGUUUUCCCAUCACAGCUCUACGGGAAAUUAAGAUCCUGCAACUCUUGAAGCACGAAAACGUUGUUAACCUUAUAGAAAUAUGCAGGACAAAAGCCACAUUGCACAAUAAGUACAGAUCUACCUUCUACCUUGUUUUCGAUUUUUGUGAGCACGAUUUGGCUGGCUUACUAUCAAAUGUUAAUGUCAAAUUCAGCUUAGGUGAAAUAAAGAAGGUAAUGCAGCAAUUGUUAAACGGACUCUACUAUAUUCAUAGCAAUAAGAUUCUUCACCGAGAUAUGAAAGCAGCAAAUGUGCUUAUCACAAAGAAUGGCAUAUUGAAGUUGGCUGACUUUGGUCUGGCGAGAGCAUUUAGUGUGGCAAAAUCGGGACAAGCUAAUAAAUACACUAACAGAGUUGUAACAUUGUGGUAUAGGCCACCAGAAUUAUUAUUAGGUGACCGUAACUAUGGGCCUCCUGUAGAUAUGUGGGGUGCUGGAUGUAUUAUGGCUGAAAUGUGGACUAGAUCUCCAAUCAUGCAGGCAAAGCAGCAACAGUUGAUAUUGAUAUCUCAACUAUGCGGAUCGUGCACACCGGAUGUUUGGCCGGGAGUUGAGAGUUUGGAUCUCUAUAACAAAAUGGAGUUGCCUAAAGGUCAAAAGAGAAAAGUCAAGGAACGGUUAAAGCCCUACGUAAAAGACCCCUAUGGUUGUGAUUUGCUUGACAAACUUCUGCAACUGGAUCCUGCCAAGAGGUAUGAUGCAGACACUGCUCUGAAUCAUGACUUCUUCUGGACCGAUCCUAUGCCAUGCGACUUGGCCAACAUGUUGGCUCAACACACACAGAGUAUGUUCGAGUACCUUGCCCCACCACGUCGCCCUGGACAUUUGCGACAUCACCACCAUGUCCCGGGAGCACAAGCCAAGCCCAAUCCACCACCGCAAGACUCCGGUUAUCAGGACAGAGUGUUUUAG